AUGUCAACAGAUAGACCUUAUUUGGAUAUUGAGACCAUAAAAAAUGCUGCUGAGCUAGUCAAUUCCACAUUGAUUUCAAAAGCUUAUAUCGACGAUGAAAUCAAGUUCAUUUCUAUCGACUGGAAAGAUCUCUUAAAGAAUCAAGUGUCAGAUUUAAAAAUUACGGAAGAGAUAUACAAUAACGACAAAAAUGGGCUCAAUAUUAUAUAUUCUUUGUUGCAGGCGCUUGAUAGAAGUAAAGCGCAGCAUCGGUCUUCGAAUAAGAUCCUUGGGCAGAAAGACGCCAUGAUAGGUACCCUUAAUAAAAAAAUUGAAUCACUUGAAAGUAGACUAGUUGAUUCUGAGUCUAGAUUGGAUAAGGUAAUUCAAUUUGACAAAGGAAGUCUCACAAAGAAGGUUCAGGAACUAAGUCGGAUCAACAAAAUUCAGACUCAGGAUUUGAAUAAACUUAAGAUUUGGUGUUCAGAUGUCAGAGCUAAAUAUCAUAUUGAAUUGAAAAAAAAGAAUUUGGAGAUAGAUCAGUUGAGGAAUAAAUUGAUAUCUAAAAGAAAUUUGUCGUCAACGAUAACUUAUGGAAGACCUCUUUCGUCGUCCCCUUCAGAAGACAUUCCAAACGUGAACCUGAACGUGGUUCAUAAUAAUAUUCCAAGUAUUGAUAAUAGCUCCUUACACGUCCACCAGUCAUCUAACUUAGAGCCUUUGAUACAGAAAGAAUAUGAAGAAAUUGUAUCCGGGUUGACAACAGUAAUUGAAAGUUUAGUUACUGAGAAUUUCAAACUCGCUACAUUUAUAAAGUCCCUCAAUGAUUAUUAUACUAAUCUUAACAAUCAAAUUUCAAACUCAAAAUUUAAAAAUUUAGAGACAAAUUUGCUAAACCCAUCGGAAGCGAUUGAUUUAAAUGCUAUAUCGAAUUCAGACUCAGAUGAGACUAAAAAACAUUUCGAUGAAAUGGAAUCCUUUGACUAUGUCGCAAAGCCAUUAUUGAAUAACAUAUAUAGAAACUACCAUAACAUAAGCAACUUGGUGGAGCAAAUUAGUACAAAUUCCAUGACGAGCCAUCAUGAAUCAGAAGAUAUGAGAAAAAUAAAGCAAUUAACUGAGGAACUCGAGAUAACAAAAAGAAACUGGCAGGAAGCAAUCAAAACUUUGGAGAGUUGGAAGGCUUAUCGGCGUAAAAGUGACGUUAAAGAUUAA